AUGUGAGCCAGCAUGAAGCGAAAUAUAGUUAUCCCUUUAUUGAUCGUGCCGUUAUUUCUUGCCGAUAACGCAACGACGGUGUUAGAAAAUACGACUAUUGAAUCCGCUUCAUCUGCGCCGAUCCCCGGUGGAUGUAACAUGGAAUUCGAUAUUGAGGUAGCGCCGUAUCAAAAGCUGCAUACAAAAAAUGAAACGAUAAUAGUGGAUAUACAGCCAGCUUCGGCGCUGGCCGCUAACGGACACCCGAUUUCCUGCGAUAAAACGUUAGAGCACAAAAUGUACCGUCUUUACUUACCUGGGUAAGACUUCACGCCAGAAACAUACUUCGAGGCGAUCACGAGUAUGCUGACCGUGCAAGACAUUACGCAAAACGGCAACAAGGUAUCUUCAUCCUCUCUUACGAACCCUAUGAGACGUAUCUACAGUGCAUAUGUCGGCACAGGAUCCGUUUAUGCCGCAGUUGCCACUUACGAAGAUCGCUCCUCGGUUUAUAUCCCGAUCUUUACGUAUGCCUGUAGCCCUUUACUUUAUCCAGAGAGUUGUCAGGUUUCAAAUGAUAUAUUUCUGAAGGUGGUUUGCGCACUCAUCCUGAUCGUUGGUUUUGUCUACUCUAUAGCUUUACUACGCUACUUUAGUUUACUCCGCGCAAUAGAAUGUAUAUUUGCUUUUAUAGAGGGUUUAUUAUCGAGUUGUAUGAUGAGUGGUAUCUUCGGGUACAUUCUAGCAGUGGGUAAAACCGGCGAUCACACUACUGGAAGUAAUUAUGCAUCAAUUUCUAUCAAACAUUUUAAUGAAACAAUAUACAUUAAACGCAUUAGUUUAUUUCAAGAAGACACGCACGGCUUUCAUGGCUUUAUCUUCCAGUUAACGUUCAAUUUACCAUUGGGAUUCCUGUGCGCGUGCAUCAUAUAUCACUACGCUCCAGCGUGGAUGUUUUAUGUUUUGAAAAGAGAGUGGUUAUUCUGGUCCAUGUUCUUAAACUUAAUGAUUGCGAUAGCUAUCCUUGCGAUCAAAAUACGCAAUAUACUCAUAAACGCGAUUCUCGGAUCUUAUUUCGUGAUUAUUGCGAUCGAUUAUUACGUUGGAAGCAAUUUGAAGUACAUUAUUAUUACCUUCAUCAGGAGCGUCACCAUAUCCGGAUUUCGUUUAGCAUUCGUAUAUCCGCCACAUCAAUAUGCAGAUUCAAUCUUGAUACUCUGCUUUGUGCUGCAUAGCAGUGCGAUUGAUUUUACACUGUUACGCUUGUGCAACAGUUGAAGAAGUACCUUUGUCUAGCAGCUCUAACCCGCAUUCUUCUCAUCACGGUAAUUAUUCUGGCAGAAAAACGAAUUUCGCAAAACGUCCAAGAAGAUAUUACCGACGUCGACAUUAUUAAAUUUAAUUAUAAUAUGAAAAAUUUUUUAAACUUUUUGAAACUCAUUACUUUUAAACUAGAUGUCAAAAACAAUUUUUGCAGCAGCUCUGUUUACGUUUGUUAAAAAUUCAAGUCGCAUAUCUCGGUUAAUAACGUAUCUCAUAUAAACAUAAAUAGAUGCAAGUAUACAAACCUGUUUUCCUCAUUAUAUCGUGCUAAAUAUUAAAACAUUUUCAUUUAACGAAACGUAACGUUACAUGUAACAAUGAUGCACAUUUAUGCGAGGCGUGUUUAUAUUUAACACGUGUAAAUUUGUAUUUUUGUUUGAUAAUUGUGAUGUUUAUUUUGAUCUUAAUUAGUAAAAGGUGUUUAUUUUUAUACGAAGAUGAUUUAAAAAAAGCAUAAGAGCAAUCAUAGAUUAUAUUACGUUACGUGUAACAAUGAUGCACAUUUAUGCGAGACGUGUUUAUGUUUAACACGUGUAAAUUUGUAUUUUUGUUUGACAACUGUGAUAUUUAUUCUGAUCUUAAUUAGAUAAAAAGAUGUUUAUUUUAUACGAAGAUGAUUUAAGAAAAGCGUACGAGCAAUCGUAGAUUAUAUAAUGAUAUAAUGAUGCAUCAU